GACCACCAACAUGAGUCUACGACAACAGCUGCAAAAGCAACUGCAUGAUCAAUAUUUUCUUGUCACUCUUUAAUCAUACCAAUAUCAACCCAUCUAGACCUAGACCGAGACCCAGUCUUUUUAGUUUUCCUUCUUUUUUCUUCCUUCGAUGGAUCUUAACCAGACCCGUUUGAUUGGUGAUUAUAUUCUUGGCCCGAUAAUCGGGCGGGGAUCUUUUGCUGUUGUUCGGAGGGCUAAACACCGGUCUUCGUGUUUAGAAGUUGCGGUUAAAGAAAUUGACAAAAAAUUACUUAGUCCAAAAGUUAGUGAUAAUUUGCUCAAAGAAAUUUCUAUUCUUAGUACUAUAAAUCACCCCAACAUUAUCCGCCUUUUUGAGUCCUUUGAGACUGAAGAUAGGAUAUUUCUUGUAUUGGAAUACUGUGAUGGAGGUGAUCUUGCUGGGUAUAUUCAACGCCAUGGGAAAGUAACUGAGGCUGUAGCAAGGCACUUUAUGAGGCAAUUGGCUGCAGGGUUGCAAGCGCUUCAAGAAAAACAUCUUAUUCAUAGAGACUUAAAACCACAGAACCUACUUUUGUUAUCAAAUGACUUAACUCCACAAUUGAAGAUAGGUGAUUUUGGCUUUGCAAGGUCUUUGACAUCAUCAGACUUGGCUGAUACACUAUGUGGCUCACCAUUAUACAUGGCCCCAGAGAUUAUUCAGAAUAAAAAGUAUGAUGCGAAGGCUGACUUAUGGAGUGUUGGGGCAGUUUUGUUCCAGCUGGUAACUGGGAAGCCUCCAUUUGAUGGCAACAGCCAAUAUCAGCUUUUCCAGAAUAUUUUGACAUCUACAGAGCUUAGGUUUCCACAAGGUGCGUUGGAGGAGCUCCAUCCAGAUUGUGUGGAUCUUUGCAGAAGCCUUUUAUGCCGAAACCCUGUUGAGCGAUUAACAUUCAAGGAGUUCUUCAAUCACAAGUUCUUUGAGGAGCCAAGGCUAUUGCUGGAUGCUAAAUCUCCUCUACUUCCACAAAUGAAAUCAGUAGUUGAGCAGUUUGAUGCGUCUGCUUCUAAUACAAGGUCUCAAAUGGGGCAUUGCUUGCACUCAGCUAAUAGAAAUGCUAUAUUAACUAGCACAUCUGAGCAUGACAACAUAACAAUGCUGGCAAAGGUUCAUGACAGUACAUCCAGAAAUGACAGUGUUCAUGGGAUUGUGCCAAGUAUUGUGCAUGAUAGGAUGGGGAGAUCUGCUUAUGGCAGCCAAUCUUCAUUGGAUCAGCUUCGAGUUGCUGAUUUAAUGGAGUCCCUAGAGAAGGAUUAUGUUAUUGUUAAUCGUCAUUUUUCUUCAAUGGAAAAUUUCUCUUAUUACCUUGAAACAUCUCUGCAAGAUAGCUCCACCAGCAAAUCUUCUGUACAGCUACCACAGAAAAAUAACCAGGAUAUGGUUGUUGCUAUACAAACAGAGGCGUUUACUGGUAGUUCUGUUAGUAGUGCAAACGAUCCUCAGGUCCAUGGAUCAGAGCCAUUAACUGCAUCAUGUGUGCCAAAUAUAUUAAGGGAAGUGCAAGGACUACCCAUACCGCAUCCCUCAAUUAAGCUUCACUUCCUAAAUCAGUAUGCACAGGCAAUUGUAGAACUAGCCCAAGAAAAGUAUGAUUCAGGAUUGUUUCUGGAAUCAUUUUCAGUUGAGCUUGUUGUUUUGGCUAUAUGGAAGAAAGUUCUUGAAAUUUGCAACCACUGGGUAGCCUCUAAUGAAGGGAGCGAAUUACCUGAAAGCAGUUCAGCCAAUGAAUCUACAUUUGUUCAUGGAGGCAUAGAUUUGAUCCCGCCUGCAAGUGGUAAAAUGGAUUUUAUCGAGCCUUCUUCUGCCUACAAGUGGGCAGAAAAAAGUUUCAUUCUCGCGUUUGAUCGUACAGAGAAGUUAUCGCAUAAUCUCCGAUACAUGGAUGCUGCUGCUGAGAUGCCUGAUGCCAUGGAACUGAUAUUCCAAGAAGCACUCGCUGUUGGGAGAAGUGGUGCCGUAGAUGAAUAUAUGGAGAACAAGGGUGGUGCUGAUGUCUCAUAUUCCAAAGCAAUGCUUCUGCUUCAUUUUAUAGCAGAAGAAGCAACAUCUCUCCCACUGAAACCUCCAUUUUCAUUAACUUCUGCUUGUAGGAAGCGAAUCCAAAGCUACAUUCUCAACUUGCAGUCUCAUAGAUCUCACUUCUCAAUGUUGCAGCCUAUUCCUGAACAAUCCCCUGAUUCUCCUACCAAGUAGAAGACAACUGUUGUACAGCUAUAUUUAGAAACCCUCUUACGCUGCAGAUUACCAACACAUAACCUGAAAAUUAAGGUCAGAUGUGGCGUGCAAUUUUAAGUCUGCAUGUUUCUUGAAAUGGAUGCACAGUAAUAUGCUGACAUGACCAAGGAAGCCCUUCAAUGUAUAUAUGAUGUACAGAAUAACAUACAGCAGACCCGUCAUACUGGAAGAAGGAUGAUCAAUGUUUGAGGAAUGUGUAAAUAAGACUGCUUAUUCAUUAAUGGAUCUGUGUAAAUAAGACUGCUUAUUAUGUCUGGAAAGAAUUGUAAAUAUGAGAGCUUUCUUAGCAUAA